AUGACUCACUCUUCGUACUCGGAAGAGAACAACAGAGCUCUGAGCAUUUUGGGCGAGAGUGUGAUCGAGACUUGGGUUUCGCUUCGGCAGCUGACCAAAGACAUUGACGUUUCGCCGAAAGAUCUGAACAGUCUGAUAUCGGAGGUAUCGGAAGUGGAGACGUCGUGCGCCGUUGAUGGAAUGAAGUUGAAGUUGCAGAACAUAGUUAGGGUUUCGCCGAAAACUGAUCCGUCGACUCCAUCGGUGGUUUGUGGUGCUUUCCGGGCGAUGUUUGGGGCUAUUGCGGUGGAUACAGGAAGGGCAGAUAUGGGUGGGAGCAAAUUCGGAAGUGUUCAUGAGCAAUUUGCAGAAGUGAAGAACGAGAGAGAGAGAAUGAGACAACAAAGAACGAGAUAG